AUGGUACCUAAAGUGGACGAGGCAGACAACCUCGCUCGUAUGCAGCGGGGUGAACUCUACUAUGCUUUCACUCCCCAGCUGGUCGCGGCUCGAAGACGUUGUGGCCAGGCGGUAGGCCGCUUCAACAGGGCCGGAGACUUGACCCGCCGCGAGAUAGCGCAGUACUGGAAAGAGAUCAUUGCUUGUCAAAAGGAACUUCCGCCACCGGCGCCUUCCGAGGACGAAGAAGAUGCCGUCUUGCACGAAUAUCCGUGGAUUGAGAGGCCAAUCAACAUUGACUACGGCACCAACAUCACAGUGGGAAGUAACGUCUUUAUCAACUUCAACUGCACCAUCCUCGACACCUGCCAGGUGAGCAUUGGCUCACGGACCCUGAUCGGACCCAAUGUCUCCUUGUUCAGCGGCACGCACCCUCUGGACCCGGAUCUGCGCAACGGUACCAAUGGUCCAGAGUUGGGCGGAACUAUUACAAUCGGUGAGGACUGCUGGAUAGCAGGAAAUGUCAUCAUUUUGCCUGGUGUUACUAUUGGCAACGGCUGUACCAUUGGCGCGGGAAGCGUUGUCACCAGGCUGGAAAUCCCGCCAGGAUACUCCGGAAGAUAG